AUGAAGGUGCUGAAGAGCUGCUUGCCUGCCCUGAAGUCAGACCCCAUGGUGCUGUACCAGAAGGCCAUGCAAGCGCUCAACCUGCUGCUGCAGACCUUCAUCUCCGAGAACAAGAGCAUGGACGAGGUCUGCUUCCUCCUGCAGCACACGGAGCCCUGGCUGAUGUCCGACAGGAGCCACGAGCGCAGGCGGGUGGUGCACACCAUCUUCCUGCUUCUGAAGUGCGUGGUGAACUACGUGAAACUCACCGCCAUAGACGACCACCUGACGGUGGCCCAGCACACACAGCUCAUCCUCACGCUGCUGCGCGCGCUCUCCAACCCCAAACAUGUGGACGGCGACCUGGCCUCCCACCUGCUCCUCAUGGUCUUCGAGGACCACAGCAUCAAGCCCGAGCAGGUGGGGCUGCGCCAGGGCCUCCCUGUGGGCACCGGGCCUGUGGCAGGAGGCAUGGGCUUCAGGGAGCAGGAUGGCACAUGCCCAGGGCUGCCCUGGGUCCUGAAGGCGGUGAAGGAGCUGGGCACCCAGUACACCCAGGAGACCGUGGAGGUGCUGCUGACCCUGUGCCACCCCUCGGACAGGUCCCAGAAGGCAGCCGGGGCCCAGGGCGCUGGGGGCGGCUCUGGCAGCAAGGGGUGUCCCUCAGACCCAGGGAGCCCCAGGCACCAGCCUGCAGAGGGGCCCGGGUGUGGCGGCCAGCUGGCCCGCAAGGUCAUGACCCUGCUCUACAUUAAGCUGAAGCUGCGGCCGCCCGAGCUGCUCAUCAGGCUGUCCGAGCAGGCGGAGCUCAUGUCACCGAGGGCUCUUGAUGCCGAGUCCCAAGGGGAGCCAGAGCCCCUCUCCUGGCCCAGCCAGGUGUGGGGAGCGGGUCUGGAGCCAGGCCCCAGGAGGGCAGCAGGGGGGUGCCCUGCCAGCGCCCUGCUCUGUCGCCCCCUGCAGGCCCUGGGCACCAUUUACGAACUCCUCUACAUCAGAGAAUACAAGGCCAUCGUGCACUGGGCCUUCGCGGGGAUCCUGGUGGGCCUGCUCACGCAGCUGCACUACCUGUACGAGCUGGGUGUGGUCGAGAACAUCCCAGAGCCCCAGGAGGACAUCCUGGAUAUGGAGCCCCUGGGCCCCUGCAGCAUGUGCCUGGAGGCGCUGAAGGGCCUCUUCUGGACCACCAACUACUGGGAGGUGUUUGCCUACCUCAAGCUGCUGAGGGGCUGGGAGCUCUUCGGGCGCGCGGAGACCUACACGGAGGGGGUGACCCUGCUGGCCAGGUAAGCACCACGCCUGGGCGGGGCCUGGCCCCGACUGCACCCCUGAUGGGUCCCCCGCGGACACCCCACCCGGGACUCUGCACUUCAGACUCAGCCUCCUGGGCCAUCUCCCCGGGUGAGCCAGGUCUGCGGGGGGAGGAGGGUCCCUGGCCCAGGGCGAAGCCCUCGGGGCCCAGCGGCGGCCUCUGCCUGUGACAGGGCCAUGGCCCACUAUGACUGCGAGGUCAAUGCGGUCCUGGGGCAGGCGGUCAUCUGCCUGAAGAGCUCAGAGGAGCGAGACAACAUCGUGGCCAUCCUCAUCAUCACAGAGGUCAGCCGCUCCUCUGCCC